UGCGUCACUUCCGUUUGUGCUGUGACACUACAGCAAUAGAUUCCGAUGAGUGGAAGACAUGUGAUAUCAUGGUUUUAAAGAUUGAAUCGAAAACAUCACCGACUUGUCCUCAUAGCUGGACAAGAAGAAGCAUAGACUCUGCUAUUCUUCAGCAAUGGUGGUGAGAGACUGACUGUGUACAUAAAUACAACAUGCCACUGUCAGACAUUCUGGACAGUCUGAAGGACAACCCGUACUUCGGGGCUGGCUUUGGACUGGUGGGCGUCGGAACCGCCUUGGCGUUGGCCAGGAAAGGAGCCCAGGUGGGGAUGGUGUUUUUCCGUAGGCACUACAUGAUCACCCUGGAGGUGCCCAGCAAGGACAAGAGCUACCACUGGCUCCUGAGUUGGAUCACCAAGCACGCCACUCGAACCCAACACCUGAGCGUGGAGACGUCCUACAUGGCACACGAAAGCGGACGCGUUCAAACCCAGUUCGACUUCCAUCCCAGUCCGGGGAAUCACAUCAUCUGGUACGGCCGCAAGUGGAUCAGGGUUGAGAGGACCAGAGAGAAACAGAUGAUUGACAUGCACACGGGCACCCCGUGGGAGUCUGUCACAUUCACAGCAUUGGGCCGAGACCGAAAGGUCUUCUUCAAUAUUUUACAAGAAGCCAGGGAGUUGGCGCUGAAGCAGGAAGAAGGACGUACGGUGAUGUACACGGCCAUGGGUGCCGAAUGGCGGCCGUUUGGGUUUCCGCGGCGACGCAGACCCCUGAGCUCCGUGGUGCUGGAGGCGGGCGUGGCCGAAAGGAUCGUGGACGACGUCAAAGAGUUUAUUGGGAACCCCAAGUGGUACACGGAUCGCGGCAUCCCGUACAGGAGAGGCUAUCUGUUGUAUGGACCCCCAGGAUGUGGGAAAAGCAGCUUUAUCACGGCUCUGGCCGGCGAGCUGGGCUACAGCAUAUGUUUGAUGAGUCUGAGUGACCGCUCGCUCUCAGAUGAUCGUCUCAAUCACCUGCUGAGUGUGGCCCCGCAGCAAAGUAUUAUUCUGCUGGAGGACGUGGACGCCGCCUUUGUUAGCCGAGAGCUGCUUCCAACAGAGAAUCCUUUAGCCUACCAGGGAAUGGGGAGGCUGACUUUCAGCGGCCUAUUGAACUCUCUGGACGGAGUGGCUUCAUCCGAGGCCAGAAUUGUAUUCAUGACCACAAACUACAUUGACAGGUUAGAUUCAGCGCUAAUCCGGCCCGGCCGCGUGGAUCUCAAGCAGUAUAUCGGCCAUUGUACCCACUGGCAGCUCAGCCAGAUGUUUCGUCGCUUCUAUCCGGAUCAGGCCAUCUCGGAGGGCCAACGUUUUGCGACUUCCGCGCUGGCGGCCCGCACGGAGAUCAGUGCCGCUCAGGUGCAAGGACACUUUCUGCUGCACAAAAUGGACCCUGCGGGAUCGAUACAAAACGUCACCCAAAUGAAGGAGUGACGGUUGGAGAUUUUUUUUUUUCAUUUUCAAAAAAGGCUUUACUGUAUUCUUUUUAAUCCAAUUGAAUUGUGUCAGGGUGGUAUGUUUUUAUAAAGGACAACAUUUUGGAGUGCCAUUUUUCCUCAUUAAAAUAAACUUUUUUUUUUUUUUUUAAAUAAUGAAGGCUGAAGUGUAUUUUUGGCAUUCGCGUUCAUUUCGUUGGGAAAAGAGAACGGGAGCAAUGAGUGUUUUAUGGUUUUAAUGGACUUUCUGAAACACUCAAAGCUCCAUCUGAAUAAAAACUGGCGUCAACCGAGUGGCAAGCAUUGUACUGCGGGCGAUGUCGGGGACAAGCUAAGUUUAGCCUGGGUUGUUCGUGCAAGCACAGAGAGUCUUCACCAGGCCUGUCUGGGUUUUUUCUUUCUCUCUGCUGAAUGACUGAUUAAAAAGCAAUAUCAAAUCA